UUUUACUACAGAAAUGUACCAAGUAAGAAAGCAGGCGGGUACUCGGUAGAUUCGCUACGCUUGCCCGCACCACAUCAACAUUCCUUCUCUCGACUCAAUACGUCCCAAAAUUUCCGAUCGGAGAGCAUCGUCAGUUCACUCCCAACUGAAAACCAAAACUCGGCAGCGACUCAGAAUAAACCAAUCUCAAUCGGCGGAGAUGAUCGUCUGCGUCGCCGUCGUCGGGCAUCAGAACAAUCCGCUGUACAUUCAGAGCUUCACGGAGGCGGACGAUGCGCUGAAGCUCCACCACAUCGUCCACUGCUCCCUCGACGUUGUCGAUGAGCGAGUGAAUAAUCCGAAGAAAUCCGGGCCGACUCUGAACGAAACGUUUCUAGGAUUGCUGUAUCCGACUGAGAAUUACAAAGUGUAUGGAUAUCUGACGAACACGAAGGUGAAGUUUAUCUUGGUGACGACGGAUUUGGACGUUAGAGACGUUGAUGUGAGAAAUUUUUUCCGGAGGUUCCAUGCUGCAUAUGUUGACGCUGUCUCAAACCCCUUUCACGUACCGGGUAAAAAGAUCACAUCAAGGACUUUCGCAGAAAGAGUUAGCAACAUUGUCAAGUCAUUUGGGCUGAGCUCAACUUGAUUGCAUAUUCAGUAAUCUUUGGUGAAACCUGUUGACAAUGUGAUCUUGCUCCUUUUUUUGUACCAACAAUGGUUGAAUUCAGAAGUUUUGUAACAAAGAGAUAGUUGAUAAAUGAUAUGGUGAAGGUUUACAUUGUUUCUAACCUUUGGCAUCCUGGAACCAAAUCCAAAAAAGCAGGUGAUACUGUGCACCUACUAGUUCAAGUAAAUAUCUCACUGAUUCGCUAACUGGAACACAGUAGAAUGCUCGAAAUCUGAAAAUCGUGCCAAAGAGAUGGUCUAUAAAUAUGCAGAAGGUGAAACCACCUACUAGUACAAGUAAACAAUUUCUAGCAGAACACAAAUGGAACUGAGAAAAUGGACUAAGCUCCCUCCAAACUCUUAAAACUCAUCAUCAUCUUCUUCCGCGAUGUGCUUGGCAAGCUCCUGCUCUUGCUGCUGUCUCUCCCUCCUCUUCUCAGCAAUCUCCUUCUCCUUGUGGGAGUUGGGAGGGAAGCGGAGUGCACGGACAGCUUCGUUGUGCAUGUUGAGGCAGAAGGCAAUCCUCGAGUUGAAUGCCAUCUGCGGCUCAUUCGUAGAGUAAAUGUCCCCAGUCUCCUUAGACACCAUCCACCCCUUGGCAUGAUCAAUUGUCGCGUCGAUCGCGCCAUCUCGGAUUGCUUUGGAGACAAUGCUUUCUGCAUCAGCAACGGGGUUUGGGGAGUCGAGUCUCAGCUUCUUGGCGACGUCGGCCAACGAAAUACGAGAGUAGGAGAUGCUGAUAUUCCUGAGCCCAGUUCUGAUGACAUUGUGGCGCAGCCUGACGAUCAGGUUGUGGGUCCUAUCCACGCUGAAUGUCGCUGAGAACUUCUCAGCCACAGAUUUGAAGAGCUCCAAGUCACCUAUUCUGACAGCCUUUGUCAACUCAAAGUAAGGCCUCAGAGCUGUCUCCAUGCCUUUCUGCAUAAAGACGGUCCUUUCGGGGAUUUCUCCUAGCAGCAAUCUGACAAUGACAGCCCAUUUAGUGCAUUGGAUACGGAAGCCAAGGGCUGCAAUGGGGGCUUUCCGAGCAGCUUGUAGGAGGGACUCCUUAGCAUCUGUGUAUUCCAACUGAAUCGUCCUAAUCUUUCCCAGGUAAAAGAGGUACCUACAAAACUGCCAUAGAGAAGAAGAGCUGAAGUGAGAAGGGUAGAAUGAGCAUGAAGAUACCGACAUUUGUGAGUUGUGGCAUCUCUAUCAUGAAAUAACGUACUGGAGUUCUUGUUCACUCAUGUUGCAACAAAAUUUCAUUAGACAUAAUUCACUACUUUAAUCAAUGAAAGAGCAUAGUGAGUAUAUAGUUCAUGCUGUUUAUGCAUGAAGACCAUACUAGUAGAUGCAUUCUAGACAUUUCUAUCAUGCAAAUCUCUGUGCAGUGACUCCUAUUCAUUCAUGUUACUUUACCAACUCAGUAACACAUUAGACGGCUUCCACUGGUUUCAUCACUUACUGGAAGUCUAGUUCGAUGAUUGGACUUACUGAGAAGAAGGCUGAGGCCUUGAGUAUCACUGGUUACCUAAAGAUUAGAAGUAUCAAGAGUCU